GGCAGAGCUUCAGUCUCCACUCUCAAGUCAAUGUUAAGCUUCCUUCCCAACCACAACCAGUCGUUGGCGUCGUUUCUUUCUUCUUCAAUUUCUCCUCCAUUUCAAGAAUUUGCAGAAGCAGCGCUCUCUCUCCUACUCGCUUCCGGAUUGUUUUUCCAUCAUCCGCUUGAGUGGCCGCCCGUGCAUCAACCAAAAAUCCCUAGAUGAAUAGAGGAGUUUUGGCAACGGCUGGGUUGGUGCUUCCACCUAUUCUCCUGCACAGGCUAUGGUCGGGAAGAAGACGUUCCAUCCUCUCAGAAACUAUUGAGGAUGCCUCUCCAGAAAAGGGUUCUAGUUCGCUCCCCCUGCCCAUUGGGGAAUAUGAGGUGUUCCUGAACUUCAGAGGCCCGGACACUCGUCGUCAAAUUACUGAUAUUCUAUACCGGUUUCUCGUUAACUUGAAAAUUCGAACAUUCAAAGAUAACGAGGAGUUUCGGAAAGGAGAAGCGUUCCCGCCCAGACUCGCCAAGGCUAUUGAGCAGUCCAAGAUUUUUGUUGCCAUCUUCUCAGAGAACUAUGCUCAUAGCAAAUGGUGCCUUGGAGAGCUUGCUGCAUUUGUCGAGCGGAAAGAGCAAGAGAAGGGUUGCAUCAUACUCCCCAUUUUUUACUUGGUGGAUCCGAGAGAUGUACGGUGUCAAACUGGGCCAUUCGAGAAAGCAUUUCAACAACAUGAGAAGAAGUUUGAUGAAAAGACAAGACAGGUAUGGAAAGAUGCUAUGGCCAAGGUUGGAGCUUUGGAAGGAUGGCACAUCAAAAGCAAUGAUGAGCAGGGAGCUACAGCAGAUCUUAUUACUGGCAAUGUAUGGUCACAUUUAAGCAAGACCUAUUCUGUAAUAGAGACUGAUCAUCUGAUUGGUAUUGAUCAUCACACAGAAGCAAUAAAAGAAAGAAUGACUCUCGACUCCGGGGGUGUGACAAUUGUUGGCAUUCACGGUAUUGGUGGUAUUGGUAAGACCACUAUUGCAAAGGCCGUUUAUGACAAAGUGGCUGCUCAAUUUGAUCGUUGUAGCUUUGUGGAAAAUAUACGGGCAAGGCUACAACAAAAAGAUGGUGUUGUCAAUUUGCAGAAGCAUAUCAUCUCAGACAUUAUGAGAACGCGAUAUGCCGACUCCAUUGUCAAUAUUGGAGAAGGAAUGAGAAUUCUGAAAGAUAGAAUUUCUUGUUUCAAAUUUCUUAUUGUGCUCGAUGAUGUGGAUGAGGAGUUUGGAUUCAGUGAGAUAUUUGGAAAAAUAGAGCAUAAUGUCUCGGGAAGUAGAUUUAUCGUUACUUCCAGAGACGUAAAAGUCUUGGGUACUUUAACGGAAGAAUCCAAGCUAUAUAGAGUUCGCGAGAUGAAUCAUGCUCACGCACUUCAACUCUUCUCCAAGUAUGCUUUCAGAAAGGAUUCUCCCCCAUCAAGUCAUGAGACUUUGUCGAAAGAUAUCGUGGCUGUUGCAGCAGGACUUCCAUUGACAGUCAAGGUGGUAGGGUCACUUUUAUUCAGAGAGGAGAAAUAUAUUUGGGAAGAAAAACUGAAGCAACUAAAGAGGACUCCCGAGGAAAAGGUUGCAGAAAGGUUGAAGAUAAGCUAUGACGCAUUAAAUGACGAGGCAAAAGAGAUUUUCUUGGACAUUGCUUGUUUCUUCAUUGAAAUGGAGACAAAGUUUCCUUCGUAUAUGUGGAGUGAUUGUAGUUUUUUUCCAACAAUUAAUAUUAAUAUUCUCAUUCAAAGGUCUAUGAUUGAUAUUGGGGAGGAUAAUAAGUUCAAGAUGCAUGAUCAGCUCAGGGAUAUGGGUAGGGAAAUUGUUCGUAAAGAAAAUACGAAGCAUCCAUGGAAGAGAAGCAGAAUAUGGUCAAAGCAGAUAGCUUUGGACAUGUUACGUAAUAGAAAGGGAACAAACCUAGUUGAGGGCAUUAGAUUAAAUGAAUUUGCGGAGGAACUUGGGAAGGAAUGCUUUAUGAAUUUAUCAGAAUUAAGAUACCUUGAUGCAAAAGUGAAGAGUCUUACAGGUGACUGUAGCAUGUACCUUCCAAACUUAAGAUGGCUUCAAUUGAAGAUUAGAACUGGUGAGGUUCUUCCUAAGUUUUCUAUGGAAAACUUGGUUGUUCUUGAACUCUUAAGCCCAAUGAAAGAUGAUUGUGGAAGUUUGAUGCAUAUCAAGAUGGCAAACAAGCUGAAAGUUCUGAAAGUUUUUGGUCACUAUGGCCUGACUGCCUUUCCUGAGUUUCCUCAAUCCCAGAGCCUAGAGAUAUUACAUCUUCUAUAUUUUGGCAGUAUGUCGUCACCUAAGGACCUUGAUAUUGGGAACCUAAGGAACCUAAAUGAGCUACAGUUGCGGAGUUGUAAGGUAAGGAAGAUUAGGGGCGGAACCAUCGGCAUGUUGAAAGGGCUUCGAGUGCUUGAGUUCAGAGAUUUCUAUUGUAGGAAGAAUCUAAGAGAAGUUCUUGCUGAUAUUGGGGUCCUGCAGUUUCUUGAAAUUUUGAGAGUAGACGUGAAAAAUGGUGGGGCAGAAUAUUUGUUCCCCUGGAGGAAUUUGUUGUUGGGGAUUAAGCUUCCAACAAGUUUGAAGGUGUUACGUACCUCAUCUCCUGUUGCUAACCUUCCAGAGCUGCUGGACUUGGAGGAAAUGACAGUUGAAGAUUGUGACACAUUUGGACUUGAGCUCCCGCCAGCCGACGGUGAUAGUAAUAUGUGGUGGAAGUUAUCCAAAUUGAAGUCUCUCAAGAUCAAGAGAACAAAGUUGUCUCUCCCAACUAGGCUGUUGCUUCCAUCAUCUCUAACCACUCUCCACAUCUUGGAGUGUCAGGAAUUGGAUUGGCUCCCUAGUUUAGAGAACCUGGAGAACUUGACUCAAUUAGUAAUCUCAUCCUGUCCCCUGAUUAAAGAGAUCCCGGGUCUUGGAAGUCUCCUUUCUUUGACUAAGUUGAGCCUUGUGGGAUGCAAGGCAUUGGAAAGGCUGCCCAGCCUAGCGUCUCUGAGCAAGUUAGAUGAGUUAUUUACAUCCGCUUGCCCUCUUAUCGUAGAGAUCCAAGGGCUUGAAGGGCUGAAAUCGUUGCAACAUCUUACCAUUGAUAGUGCAGAUAAUUUAACCCAUCUCCUUGGCUUUGGAAACCUCUUGUUUUUUAACAAGUUAGAAACCAUAACCAUAACCAACUGCCCUCUUCUCACAUCACUGUCAUUCCAUGACCUUGAUGAUGGUGAUGAUGGCUGCGGUGACUGCCAGCUACCAGCUGUACUCUGCUCUUUACGAUAUCUGUCCAUCAGCGGAACCAUGUUAGUUCUGGAUAUCUUGUGCCAGAUGCUUCAGCUGGCUCAGUUCCCUAGCCUUCUGACAUUCAGUCUUAAGGUGAUGGGGAUUGAUAAUGUAGAUGUGGAGUUACCCCUGGAGUGGAUUGGAUCUAUGGAAAAGCUAGCUGAACUGACUCUGAGUGGCUUGGUCUCAGUUUGGAAACUACCUUUUCUGUCAAAGCUCCGAAACUUAAAGAAGUUAACUAUCGCUGGUGCUCCAAACCUGCAGGAGGUUGAGGAACUUGCUGGUUUGAAAUCUCUGGAACACCUAAAGCUCACUGGCUGCACAUCCUUGCAAAGAUUGCCAGCAGACGACUUGUCUGGUUUGAAACAGUUGCAAAGCAUAGAUAUCAGUGACUGUGCAAAUUUGGCUGAUCAAUUUACUCCGAGAAAAACAAACCUCACUGCACUCAUACGCUGGGAGGCUGUUGUGACGAUGCUCGACCCUGACAUGCUGUGGGACAGGCCAUCUGCAUAAUAUCCCUAAAUUGAGCAAAGGCUCUAAUAUCUCGUUGUUUUAUUGUUGUCGUGCCCAUGUUGCUUGCGAGCAAAUGCCGAGGUGGAGGCAUUGUGAAAAUAAUAAUCUUUCAAAAUGAUCUGGCAGGCUUUACAUUACAGUCGCCUGCAGAUUGUUGGCCCUGUGCCAGGAUGUCGUCCCUCCUUACUUCAGGCUCCUGUGUUCCAGGAUCGUGCCUUUUCUUUCUCGUGCUCCUUCUGCAGUGCUGUUGUGAUUAUGAAGCCUUCAUAAGCUUAGCCCAGAUGAGUAUAUAUUCGAGGUACUACUCAGGGCAUGGCUGGUCCUCUCUCUGCAGUAUAUAGUCAAGCACAUUGUCCGGUAGACCGACCUACAUGCCGGAAAAUCAUGAAAUUUCUCAGGCAAGCUUUACAAGCACGAAAAUUUGUCCAACCUUUGUCGGUGUGCCAUUACUCAUGAACUCGUCGAAAUGAGUAGAGGAGCUUUGACAGCGGCUGCAUUGGUGCUUCCCCUUAUUCUCCUGCACAAGCUAUGGACGGGAAGUAGAAGUUCCGGCGCCUCGAACAGUAUUGACGAUGCCUCUCCAGAAAAGGAUUCCAGUUCGCUGCCCCUGCCAACAGGAGAAUACGAAGUGUUUCUGAGUUUCAGAGGUCCAGACACCCGUCAUCAAAUUACUGAUAUCCUCUACCGGUUUCUAGUUAACUUGAAAAUCCACACAUUCAAAGAUGACGACGAGCUUCGGAAAGGAGAAGGGAUCUGGCCAAGUCUCGUCAAGGCUAUUGAGCAAUCCAAGAUUUUUGUUCCCAUCUUGUCAAAGAAUUAUGCUGAUAGCAAAUGGUGCCUUAAAGAGCUUGCCGCUAUUGUUGAGCGGAAAGAGCAAGACAAGGGAUGCAUCAUGCUCCCCAUUUUUUACAUGGUGGAUCCGAAAGAUGUUCGACAUCAAACUGGGCCUUUCAAGAAGGCAUUCCAACAACACAAGAAGAAUUUCGAUGAAAAGACCAUACAGGUAUGGAAAGAUGCAAUGAGCAAGGUUGGAAGUGAGAAAGGAUGGCACAUCAAAAGCAAUAAUGAGCAAGGAGCUAUAGCAGAUCUUGUCACUGGCGAUGUAUGGUCACAUUUAAGCAAGAAGAACUAUAUAAUAGACACAGAUAAGUUGAUUGGUAUUGAUAGUCACACAGAAACAGUAAAAGAAAGAAUGACUCUAGACUCUGGAGGCGUGACAAUUGUUGGGAUUCACGGCAUUGGUGGUAUCGGUAAGACCACUAUUGCUAAGGCUGUAUAUGACAAAGUGUCUGGUCAAUUUGAUCGUUGUAGCUUUGUCGAAAAUAUACGUGAAAUGCUACAACAAAAGGAUGGUGUUAUGAUUCUGCAGAAGCAUAUCAUCUCAGACAUUUUAAGAACACAAUAUGUCGAAUCCAUUGCCAAUGUUGGUGAAGGAGUCAGAAUUCUGAAAGAUAGAAUUUCUCGUUUUAAAUUUCUUAUUGUGCUCGAUGACGUGGAUGAGGAGUUUGAAUUCAACGAGAUAUUGGGAAAAACUGAGGAUAAUGUCUCGGGAAGUAGAUUUAUCAUUACUUCUAGAAACGUAAAAGUCUUGAGUACUCUGACUGAAGAAUCCAAGUUAUAUAGAGUUCGAGAGAUGAGUAAUCCUCACGCACUUCAACUCUUCUGCAAGUUCGCUUUCAGAAAGGAUUCUCCUCCAUCAAGUUAUCAGACUUUGUCGAGAGAGAUUGUAUCAGUUGCAGCUGGACUUCCAUUGACACUCAAAUUGGUAGGCUCACUUUUAUAUGGAGAGGAGGAUCUGAUUUGGAAAGAAAAACUAAAGCAACUAAAAGAAAUUCCUGAGGAAAAGGUUGCAGAAAGGUUGAAAAUAAGCUAUGAUGCAUUAAAUAAUGAGGCGAAAGAGAUUUUCUUGGAUAUUGCUUGUUUCUUCAUUGGAAUGGAGACCAAGAUUCCUUCUUACAUGUGGAGUGGUUGUAGUUUUUUCCCAAUAAUCAAUAUCAAUAUCCUCAUUCAAAGGUCGAUGAUUGAAAUUGGGGAUGAUAAUGAGUUUGAGGUGCAUGAUCAACUCAGGGAUAUGGGUAGAGAGAUCGUCAGGAAAGAAAAUAUGAAGCAUCCAUGGCAGAGAAGUAGAAUAUGGUCAAAGCAGAUAGCUUUAGACAUGUUACGUAACAGAAAGGGAACAAACCGAGUCGAGGGCACAAGAUUAAAUGGUGUUGUGGAAGAGCUUGAGAAGGAAUGCUUUAUGAAUUUAUCAGACUUAAGAUAUUUUGAUGUAAAUGCGAAGAGGCUGACUGGCGAUUUUAGCGAUUAUCUUCCAAAUUUAAGAUGGCUUCAAUUGAAGAUUGGAACUGGCGAGGUUCUGCCUAAGUUUUGUAUGAAAAACUUGGUGAUUCUUCAACUCUUAAGCCCAGUGAUCGAUGAUUGGGGAGGGUUGACGCAGAUCAAGAUGGCACACAAGCUGAAAGUUCUGAAAGUUUUUGGUCAUUACGGCCUGACCUGCUUUCCUGAGUUCCCUGAAUCCCAGAGCCUAGAGAUUUUACAUCUUCUUCAUUUCGGUAGUUUAUUGUUGCCGAAGGACCUGGAUAUUGGGAAUUUGAGGAGCCUAAAAGAGCUACGCCUGCGGAGUUGUAAGGUAAGGGAGAUUAGGGGCGGAACCAUUGGGAUGUUGAAAGGACUUCGCGAGCUUGAACUAAAAAAUGUUUAUUGUGAAAAGGAUCCAAGAGAAGUGCUUGCCGAUAUUGGGGAGUUGCAGUUUCUUGAUGUCUUGAGAGUAGACGUGAAAUUUACUCUGGGACGAUUUGUAUUGCGUAGAGAGAAUUUGUUGUUGGGGUCUAAGCUUCCCACAAGUUUGAAGGUGCUACUGACUUCAUCUCCGGUUGCUAACCUUCCAGAACUGAGAGAAUUGGAGGAACUGACAGUUGAAGAUUGUGGUAGGUAUGGGCUUGAGAUCCCGCCAGCAGACACUGAUAGCAAUACGUGGUGGAAGUUAUCCAAAUUGAAGUCUCUCAGGCUAACGAGAACAAAGUUGACUCUCCCAACUAAGUUGUUGCUUCCAUCAUCGCUAACCACCCUCCACAUCUUGGAGUGUCGGGAAUUGGAGUGGCUCCCAAGACUAGAGAACCUGGAGAACUUGACUCUAUUAGUAAUCUCCUUCUGUCCCCUGAUUAAAGAGAUCCCGGGUCUUGACAGUCUCCAUUCUUUGACUAAGUUGAGCGUUUCGGAAUGCGAGGCAUUGGAAAGACUACCCAGCCUUGCGUCUUUGAGCAAGUUACGUGAGUUAAUUGCAUGCUCUUGCCCUCUUGUUGCAGAAAUCCAAGGGCUUGGAGGGCUGAAAAUGUUGCAGCUUCUCAGGAUUGAUAGUGCACAGAGUUUAACUCGUCUCCUUGGCUUUGGAGCUCUCUUGUCCUUUAACAAGUUAGAAACUUUAACCAUAACCAACUGCCCUCUUCUCACAUCACUGUCAUUCCCCGACCUUGAUGGUGGUAGUGGUGGUGGUGGCUGUAGCAACUGCCAGUUACCAGCUGUACUCUACUCUUUACGAUAUCUGUCCAUCAGUGGGACCUCAUCAUUUGUGCAGAUCUUGUGCCGGAUGCUUCAGCUGUCACAGUUCCCUAGCCUUCUGACAUUGAGACUUAUGAUGAUGGGGGUUGAUAAUAAUGUAGAUGUGGAAUUACCCUUGGAGUGGGUUGAGUCUAUGGAAGAGCUCGAUGAACUGAUUUUGGGUGGCUGGGCCUCAAUGUGGGAACUACCUUUUCUGUCAAAGCUCCGAAACUUGAAGAGGUUAACUAUCACUGAUGCUCCAAAUCUGCAGGAGAUUGAGGGACUUGCUGCGUUGAAAUCUCUUGAGCGCCUAAAGCUCAGUGGCUGCACAUCCUUGCAAAGGUUGCCAGCAGGCGACUUAUCUGGUUUGAAGCAACUGGAAAGCAUAGACAUCAGUGGCUGCGGAAACUUGAUUGAUCGAUCUACUCCGAGAAAACAAAACGUCAACAUACUCAGACGCUGGAAGGCUGCUGCGAUGAUGAUUGACCCUGACUUGCUGUGGGACAGGCUAUCCCCAUCACAUCUCUGAAAUGCAAAGACUCCAAUAUCUCGUUGCAUUGCCAUUGUUUCCAUUGAGCAAAUGCUGAGGUGGAGCAAUUGUGGAGAUCUAAAAUCUUUAAAAUGAAGUGGCAGGCUUUACAUUACAGCCGCCUGCAGAUUGUUGGUUAUGCCAGGAUGUCUUCCUUCCUUCAGGCUCCUGUGUUCCAGUAUCGUGCCUUUUCUUUCUCGCACUCUGUCUGCAGAGCUGUUGUGGUUACGAAAACAUCGUAAGCUUACCCAGAUGAGUAUUACUCUGAGGUACUACUCGUGACUUGGAUUGUCCUCUCUCCGUACAGGUCAAGUUCUCCGACCCUGUCGAAAGCCGAUAGAGUACGUAGUGACACAGAAUCUUCUAACAUGUGCAGUUCAUGGGAGAAGCCUGAAUUCAGGCGAGAACGCAUCCCUUGGCAUUUGCUCAAUGGAAACAGGAUUGGAAGCCGCCAUGACCAAAAAAUAGUAACAGAGACGAUGACAAAUAAACCAGCUGUGGCUACUGAUACUAAGGCAGCAUGCCAUAUUUCUCACACUAAUAAUGAACAUAUGCAAACAAAGAAUUGGAGCUUCAACCCCAGCUAGAAUCCCCGCCAACACUUGAACCAUGACCACCCAACGUUGAGCAACUUGAAGGAAACGGCAACAAAGGAACCUCAACAUAACCUUCCAUCAUUUCCACCACUCUCUUCAUCGUAGGCCUAACCAAGGG